UCAGGAAUCAAUACAUUUGUUUCGAUUUUAGGGUUUCUUUCUAGUGGUCAACCAAUUCGUAUUUUCCGCAGCCAGUCCCAGCCCCCGUCUUCGCGAAGCUAUCAUAUCCUCGGACGACAAUGGUUGCCGCCAAGAAGACCAAGAAGACUCAUGAGAGCAUUAACAACAGAUUGGCUCUCGUUAUGAAGAGUGGGAAAUACACCUUGGGUUACAAGACUGUUCUCAAAUCUCUCAGAAGCUCCAAAGGUAAGUUAAUUAUCAUUGCCAACAACUGCCCUCCUCUUAGGAAGUCGGAGAUUGAAUAUUAUGCCAUGUUGUGCAAGGUUGGAGUUCACCACUACAAUGGAAACAAUGUAGACUUGGGCACUGCUUGCGGCAAAUAUUUCAGAGUGUGCUGCCUCAGCAUUAUUGACCCUGGUGACUCUGAUAUUAUUAAGAGCAUGCCCGGGGAUCACUAAGCUACAUAUUCCUAGGUUUUGUUUCUAUUUUUCGAUAUUUAGAAACAUUGAUGUUAAAGAGAACUUAUUCUGAAAUUCAGAACUUUCUUUGUAGCCGGUCCGGAUGUUUGAUGUGGGACAGAGAUGUUAUUGGCCCAUGUACUAGGGAUUUUGUGAGUGGAUUUCGUUUAAGAUUAUUACUUUUUUCUAAAUCAUUUUGCAGUUCUAUAUUUCAUUUGGAUGUUGAAUCUAUCUUGCCAUCAAUUUAGCCA